AUGGUCAUUGAAACGCGAAAACGACUUCUACCGGAAAUGAGGUCAAUUUCCGAAAUCUUAUCUUUCACGUUUGACACCUGCUCAUAGGAUGGCGGUAUCUGAUUACCAGUGCUAUAUUAUUCCGAAAUCCGUUGCGCCAGUCCCGUUUAUUUUCACCUCACUGACAAAUAUUAGCAGUACUUUCACACUGGGCCAGACCGUAUGACCCAGACGAUAUGCUAACGGAACCAAAUUAUCAUAAUUUUUGUUCCGAUGCUCCAGUUCAGACCCGGCCCAGCUGACACGUGGAACUUGCCCAGUUCAUCGUAUUUCGAAGCGAGAAUAAAAAAAUAUUGUUUAUUUGCAAGAUAAUGAUCAGCGCAUAAAUAUCACCGAGUUACGGCCUCAUCUAGGUCAGCAGUUGACGGUUUAGUUGGACAAAAGAGAGGAGAACGGGACCAUGGAAAGGACGAGGUAUUCCCGAAGACCCGUGGUGACCUUUCGGUGAACGACAGCGCUGAGAAUACCCACCCAAAGUAGGGAGGAGUCUUCUUCCUUUUCUCUUCCUGAUAAUAAUGUAUGCCGAUGUAGGAAGGGGUCAAUGUGAUUUUCGGGUGGGAACGACCGGUGAGUUCUUCCGAAUAUAAAACCGAAUCCAUUUCAGUCGUCAUCCAGUUCGGUGCGUUUCGAUAUCACAGGUGAAAUAUCAUUUAUCUUGCGCAUCGUAAUGCGACCGCAAAGUUUUUCGAUAUUUCUUGCGUUUUUGCUGAAUACAGAUCGCCCGAUAUCGGGUGCACGGGGCCCGAUUCAAGACGCGAUACAGAGCGGGGCCGCUGCAGAAUAUCAUCGGGAGGAUUGCAUAUGGAGAAAAGAAAACGAGCACCAUUGUCCGGACCCUAGCGUUCGCGUCUACCUUCACAACAACGGCAAAAAAAGGAUCGAGCUCAAGUACGAUCAGCACAAUUACUCGGAGUGGCUGAACAACAAUUACUAUGACCAGAAACGCGAGGAUAUUUUUUUGAUUCACGGAUACAACGGAGGGGACGGUAAAUUACCAAUGGUAAUCCUGAGGGAUGCUUAUCUGAAAAACGGUAGCUACAAUGUCUUCGUAGUCGAUUGGGGUGAACUUGGUGAGGCCCCGUGCUACCCGGCAGCGGUUGCAAACCUCCGUUUCAUAGCAAGUUGCAUUGCCCAAAUCGUGACGCUCCUAAAAAACGUGGGAUUGUCGGUUCCGAGGAUAAAUUGCGUCGGGCAUUCUCUCGGAGCGCAUUUGUGCGGAAUGUUAUCUAAUUAUCUGCCCUUUCUGUUGUUCCGAAUCUUUGGACUUGAUCCGGCUAAGCCCUUGCUCCGUCCAGGAAGACCUAACAGACUCGAUAUCACGGACGCUGAAUUCGUCGAGGUGAUUCACACGAACUCGGGUUAUUACGGCGAAAACUCGCGGGAAGGUCACGUAGACUUUUGCGCCAACGGAGGGAAAAAUCAACCCUUUUGCGAGAACGCUGAGAGAGACAAACUCUGCAGUCAUAAUUGGUCGAUUUGUUACAUGGCAGACAGCAUCGACGGACGAAGCGAAUUAUUCGCCGAAGCGUGUUCGGGACGCUGUCCGCCGACACGUAAAAUCGGACCCAGGAGCAGUAAUUCGUUAGUUAUCGGCCAUCACACUCCUGUUACUACGAGGGGAUCCUUUUGCGUGACCACCGUAGAUUCGCCGUAUUGUCCGAAGAAUGCGUAUGAUAGGGGUGACGAAAGAUGCUGCGUUUGAUGGAUUCGAUAUCGGCUAAUCCGAUCCUCGCCGUCGAAGAGUCUGGCAGUAAAAUACAUAAUACGAUUUUAAAUUCGCAAAACUUGAUCGGCUGUGCGUCAUCAAUUGAAUGUAUUGUAGCCUUGUCUGAAUGUAGUAAUAGAAUAAUAAAUUAUUAUACAUUAUUAA